AUGCCACGUAACUACAUCCGAAAAUCUCUACGUGCAACCUCCUAUACUCCUGAAGAUGUGGCUAAAGCCGUGGAGAAAGUGAAAAGGAAGGAACUGACAUUAUAUGGCGCGGCAAAAUUUUAUAAAAUAUCCAUUGCUACUCUUCACAUUGGUUUUAAUAAAAAAACCGGUGUUAAAAGUGAUACACUUGGUCGCCCUCCUGUAUUUGAUCAUGAAACGGAAACGAGAUUAGCAAAUGGUCUAAAAGUUUUAGAAAAAUGGGGUUUCGGUCUAUCUAGAAAAGAAGUAAUUUUAUUAGUGGAACGAUAUAUUCGAUUGAAUAAAAUACAUACCCCAUUUAAAGAUCCUGAACCAGAUUGGUUCACAAACUUCCGUAAACGACACAGGCUUUCCCUUAAAAAAGCUCAGUUUCUAGAACAUUCAAGAAAAAACAACACUAAUCCUUUUGAUUAUAGAUGA